UGUAACACCAUGUGCUUCUCCUGCCUCGAUGUUGUUACUUUUAUGUACAUUUAAAUUUAAAUGAUAGGUUUCUAAUUUCCUCUUUUGUCUUGUCAUAUUGUUAACGUCCUGCUGCUUCAGUAUGUCGCAGAACAGAUCUUCGGCCGGUUCAGGGGACAGUGAUAAUACUGAUAAGAGAGCUUGUAGAUACGAGUGUCCUGCAGACUUUGUGCCUCUUCAGUACAGCUGCAGUGAGAAGAGUGUGUUAGAGAGAGGAGAAAACACGGAGCUGUGGCUCAUUAAAGCUCCAGCUCGCUUCAACCCCAGCAGACUGACAGAUAUGAAAGUGUCCUUAUCGGGAAUGGAGAUGAUCCAGUCUUCUGAUGCAUCUGUUCAGAUCUACAGUGUUCUUGCAAACCGUUCAGGCCCUACUGACCUUCGUCUUCUCACCUCCUGUGGUAAAAAGCAAAAUGACACUCCUUGUGUUUCUGGGUUUGCUGGAAUCCUUAGUAUCAGUGAAAGUUAUGGGGACUGUAGUGGUAAUCAGAACCCUAUUCCAGUGCCAGCAGCCCCUGCUCCGAGCUUCCCACCAGGCCUGAAGCAGCGCUUCCAGCCCUUCGGUAGCUCCAUGCCUGCUCAUGUGUUUCAGAGUGCCACCUCGACCUCUCUUUUAUCACCAAAGAAAGCAAAGCUGGAACCUGAAAACACUGAAGGCCAAAGUAGGAAGAAGAAAAAGAAGAAGGAGAAGCACAGCAAAGAGGAGAAUAUUGAAGUGGCCCAUAUUAAACAGGAAGAAAUAACUUAUGAGCUGCAAGUCCCUGAGCCAGACCAGGAAGAUGGUACAGCAGAGAGGAAAAAGAAAAAGAAGAUUAAAAAAGAAAAAGAGAUUAUGGACGAGGUUGCUACUGAUGCCAGUUUGAUAGCCAAACAGGAACCAAUGGAAGUGUCCUUUGGUGACCCUGAGAGCUCUGUGAAAAAGAAAAAGAAGAAGAAAAAGGCACAAGACGAGUAACUGUUCAUUAAAGGUUAUGUGUCAUUAUGGUAACCAUUUUUAGGCUUUUAUGUCAUAAAUGUUGUCGACAACUGUAAUUCAUAUUACAGCAAACUGUAUAAAAGCUGAAACAUUUAUAAAUAGUAUAUUGCAUCUUUUUAUGUUUCUCAGUGUGGCAUUAACAAAUACUAAAAUGUGUCAUGCAGAAGAAAACAUGUUUAAUCUUAAAUCAUAUUUUGGCCCAAAAGUCUGCAUUUGCUGUAAAAUUAAGCACAGGCUUCUCUAUGUAAAGAAUCCUGUCAUGUUUACAAACCCCAGAAUUGAGUGAUUUUAGAUUUUUCAUACUUGAUCUGCAAAAACAGUUGCAAUUUACUCGUUUUUUUUCUUUACUUCUUUACUUCUUUUUUUUUUUUUUUUUUAGGUUUUUCUUAAAACCAGAGGGUUGGAAUGUUAAAUGAAAAUAGUUAUGUGCCAUGUCAAUAAUUAGUUUUUUUACACAAUCAAAUAAUUGAAUAAACACUUUCGAAGAGUGGUAAUUCCA